AUGAGUACGUGUAAAAAGGCCAGGGCGGAAGCUACAUCUGUUGUAAGUUCAGACAGACUGAGCAGUCUGCCUCCAGAGAUAAAGGGCGACAUCCUCUCCCGUUUGAAUGCCGAAGAAGCAGUUAGGACUAGCACCUUAUCAAGUACUUGGAAGGAUGCAUGGACUGAAAUGCCAGUAAUAUCUCUAUCUGAUGGAAAUCUUACAAGAACCAAGUUCGUUACGUUAGUGGAUAUGGUGCUAUUACUCCACAAGGGACCAAUAGAGGAGUUUGAAAUUUCAGGUAGCAAAAAUUACCAUGAUGAGUUCGGUAGGUGGAUGAUCAUGCUGUCAAGGAGAUCACCAAAAUCAGUUACAAUCAAGUUGAACUCAGGGCCAAAGUAUAAGAUUCCCUCCUGCCUCUUUUCUAUCGGUGAUCUGGAGUCUCUGGACCUAAAAAACUGCAUCAUCAGCUUGCCCCGGGCAUUCCAAGGUUUCAAGAGCCUAAGUGACCUCAGCAUGAAAAUCUUCUCCUCCACAGACAAGGAUAUCCAAAAUCUGAUCUCGUUCUGCCCCGUACUGACUUAUUUGAGAUUAAAGUCUUUUGAGGGCAUCAACUGUCUAAACAUUCAAGCUCCUAAACUGGAAUAUCUUAAAGUUGUUGGGGGCUUUGAAGACAUUAAUUUGGAUGCCCCUAAUCUAGAAUGGGCCUUUCUAUCUCUUGAUCCCAAAGCUAAAGCAUAUCAAUCUGUUCCAAUUGCGCAUGACAAGGAAAGCCAUGUCAAGAAGUCAUUGGGAAGCCUAAGUGAGAUCAAAACACUUGGAAUUUCUGGCAGUUUCAUGAAGUAUCUAUCAAAAGGGUGCAUACUUACAACAUUCCCCUCUAUGUUUACUUGCCUGGAGAAUAUUUUUCUAAUGAUAUGCUUUUGGGACCAGAGGCAAGUCUUCACCACUUGUUCAUUGUUAGAGAAGGCCCCUAACUUAAUGAAGCUUGAGAUGUGGAGUUACCCUUUUGAGCACAUGGGAACAGGAUCAGGCGAGCAUUCUUGA